UGUGCAAAGGUCUGUCAGGCUGGUCUCAGUCUGUCUGUGUAACUGUGGGGACUAAACAAGGGGUAAGUGAAAAGAGGCAUCCAGGGAGGUUAAACCUGUGGGGCAAACAGUGCCUGUUUCCACACGGAAGGAGACACAGUCUAGAUACUGUUGAUUUAUCUGCUUUGCGGCUGUAGUUUGCUUGUAUAAGGGUUAAAAAGUUCAGCUACAAUGCAGAAUUUUUAGGAUACAUUUGAAGUUGCUUUAGUGGCAUAGUAAGCUUCAGAUAUUUGCUUUGGAUCAGUUAUCAUUUUAUUACCAGCAGGUGGUAAACCAGUGAAUAUUAUCAGCACAUGUAGCUGAUAAUGUUCUCAUUUAUUGCUGUUUUUUACCCUGAGGGCUACAAAGAAAUCAUGUAGCUGCACAGCUAGGCUCACAAAUCUACUGUCAGGCAUUAAUAGCAGUCCCACACUCCUUGCUGGUAGUAAUAACACAACACCACCUACAAAUACAUGCCGUGCUUAUCCCCUCUAGGUGAGAGUAAUAAUAAUAUCACACAAACGCACCCCCCCCUAUAGCUUUAUUCAGCUGCCGUGCACAGAGCUGUUAUAGCAGGUGAUCGCCCUUAUUUGGUAACAGCCCUGAUCAUGUGACCACAAAAUGGUGGAAGCUGUGAGCUGUUUGUAAGCUGAGCAUCUCCAUCGAGAGGGCUGGAAGCAGGAAAUAGGCAGGGAUCCUGGAAGUACAUCCAUGAUCUGAGACGUAAACCAGCACAGAGAAUCCCAAGCUCCAGCAGUGCGCCAGCAGACAGGAAGCGAGGGAGAGGGAGGGGUUGCUGUCAUCAGCACUGGCUUGUGGAUGUUGAUGGAGAAUGCAAAAAAAAAACAGCUGAUGCUCAUUCUGUGUUUCUGCAAUGUCCUCCAGGGGAUGGACCUGGCAUCAGAGAGCAAAAUGAACUCUGAGGGGGGCGAAGGCAGACCAGUCCCUCCUACCUCUCUACCCCUACAAGGAGGUGCCGGUCAAAGGAAAAAGCUAUCAGCUCCUUGUAUCAGCCUGUCACUGGACCAAAGCGAGGAUGACUUGGGGGAAACGCCAGAUGAUCUCGACAUUAACGUGGAUGACCUCGACACGCCAGAUGAAGGGGAUUACCUGGACUACACGGACCAUGAAAUGGACUGGGAAGACCCCAACAAAGCCAAAAGGAGUGGAAUAAGUGAGCCUUAUGAUCCGAUCCCAACAUACAGCGCUGAAGAGGAGCGUCAGGAUGGCAAACUUUGGAGGACAGUCGUCAUUGGGGAGCAGGAGCACCGCAUCAACAUGAAGAUCAUUGAGCCCUACAUGAGAGUCAUCUCCCAUGGAGGCUACUAUAGUAAUGGAGUGAAUGCCAUCAUAGUGUUUGCUGCCUGUUUCCUGCCAGACAGUGACAGAGAGGAAUACCAUGAAAUAAUGGAGAAUCUCUUCCUAUAUGUGAUCAGCACACUGGAGCUGAUGGUGGCCGAGGACUACAUGAUCGUGUACUUAAAUGGAGCCACACCUCACAGAAGAAUGCCCGGCCUUGGCUGGCUGAAGAAAUGCUAUCAGAUGAUUGACAGAAGGCUCCGGAAGAAUUUGAAAUCCUUCAUUAUUCUCCAUCCGUCGUGGUUUAUCAGGACCGUUCUAGCUAUUACCAAGCCAUUCAUCAGCGCCAAGUUCAGCAGUAAAAUAAAGUAUGUGACCAGUCUGGAUGAGCUGCAGGAACUCAUCCCCAUGGAUAGCAUCCAGAUCCCAGAGUGUAUCAUUAGACUUGACAAGGAGCUGAAGGAAGCUGCAGAGAACUCAAAAAUGAAUAGUUUUCUGCUGGGACCAGAGCCAGCGGCAGCAGCAGCAGCAGCAGCAGCCGCCGCAGCAGGCAGAACAGACAGGCAAAACGCAGCCGGUGCCAGCAGCACUUAAACCCAAGACUCCAAAAUGGAUGGGUCACCUCAAUGUUCAGAAGUCACUGUUGUAUUUUACGGGUGAAACUGGGAAGGCCUGUUCAGCUGUAGUGUGUGUGUAUGUUUGUGUGUGUGUAUGUGUGUGUGUUUCAGGGGAUGCCAAUAAGUCACUGGAUUUAAAUAUGAAACUUACAAUCUUACACUCAGAGGUAGAUCUCAUUCUUUACGGCUGCUGUAGCAUCUUUACCUUAAACUUACAAUCCAGAGAACUAUAAAGUUGAGUGUGAUGCUUGGCAGCACGUCCAGGGUAGCAUCACCGUUCACGGUAGGGUAGGAAAUGCAAUUACACACCAGACAGUGCACUGCGCAAAAUCCAUUUGUAGAGUCGAUAGUGUUUGUAGUUGUGUGCAUGAGAAGCAGCGAAGCAAUAAUAUCAUCCUUUACUGGUCACACGCUCUCAGUAUUUCAGAUAAAUAAGUAACCUGUGUGUCACCAACUUACAAUAAAAGCACAAGGUUUUUGCCAAAAAGACAAAGAAAAACCUUGUGCCAUAAAUGACCAAGUAUUGCAGUUAGGCAAUCACAACCUCUGUCUUAGUGAGUACUUGUUCUAAAACUGAGAAAUAAACCUAGAAAUAGAAAUGUUUCACUUUAUAGAGUCUAUGAAACCGAGAAGGAACAGGUUAAAAAUCAACGUUUAAGUGCAAUCUGAGAGCAUGUCUUUAAAGCUGUGUGUGUGUGUUUACAGUCCGUCAAAUACAUGAGCAUAAUCCUCAGCUUCUCUUGGAUCAUCAAGAUGAAACCUCAGAAGAACAUCAAAAAGGGAUAUCUGUAAAGCACAAUAUCUUCAGUGUGUGUGUGUGUGUGUGAGAGUGAGCGUCUCUACACGCAUGUGUGCAUUUGUGCAUCAGUGCAUGUCCUCUCAUAGAUAACGGACUGUCCUCUCACACUCGAGUCCUCUUUGGUGUAUAAAGGAUGUUCAGAGAAAUGAUGGAUCACUGUCUAGUAAUUUAAUAAACAUGGACUGAAGUCUGA